AUGGUUAUUGUUGGGUAUGUGGUUGUGGGUGUUUUAUGUUUGGGGGAUGUUGGGUGUGUGGUUGUUGGGUUGUUGUUUGGUUGUGGGGGGGUGUGGGUUGGGGUUAGUUUGUUUUUGUUGGGGGGGGGGUUUGUGGGGGGUUUUGUUGGGGGGGGUGGGGGGUGUGUUAGUUGUGGGGUUGGGGGUGGUGUGGGUGGGUGGUGGGGUUGUGGUAUAGUUGUGGUGUGGUGGGUGUGUUUUGGUUGGUGGUGUUGGUUGGGGGGUUGGGGGUUGUGUGGGGUUGGGUGGGGUUGUGUGGUUUUGUAG